AUGGCUGAGCACCUGGAACUACUGGCAGAGAUGCCCAUGGUGGGCAAGAUGAGCACCCAGGAGCGGCUGAAGCAUGCCCAGAAGCGGCGUGCCCAGCAGGUGAAGAUCUGGGCCCAGGCUGAGAAGGAGGCCCAGGCCAAAAAAGGCAAGUGGAGGCAGCUGCAGAAGGAGGCAGCUGGCCGAGGGCCCCCGAAGCAAGUUGUCUUCCCUCCCAGCGUUGUCCUUCUGGAAGCUGCUGCCCGAAAUGACCUGGAAGAAGUCCGCCAGCUCCUCAGGAGUGGAGUCAGCCCCGACCUGGCCAAUGAGGAUGGGCUGACAGCACUGCACCAGUGCUGCAUUGAUGAUUUCCGAGAGAUGGUGCAACAGCUCCUGGAGGCUGGGGCUGACGUCAAUGCCCGUGACAGCGAGUGCUGGACCCCCCUGCAUGCUGCAGCCACCUGUGGCCACCUGCACCUGGUGGAGCUUCUCAUUGCCCGGGGUGCUGAUCUCCUGGCAGUCAACACUGAUGGGAACAUGCCUUAUGACCUGUGUGAGGAUGAGCAGACACUGGACUGCCUGGAGACUGCCAUGGCCCACAGGGGCAUCACCCAGGACAGCAUUGAGGAGGCCCGGGCCGUGCCAGAGCUGCUCAUGCUGAAGGACCUCCAGAGCCUUCUGCAUGUUGGGGCUGACCUCAAUGACCCGCUGGACCAUGGAGCCACACUGCUGCACAUGGCCGCCGCCAGUGGGUUCAGUGAGGCAGCUGCCCUGCUGCUGGAGCAUGGAGCCAGCCUGAGUGCCAAGGACCUCGACGGCUGGGAGCCGCUGCACGCUGCCGCCUACUGGGGACAGGUGCACCUGGUGGAGCUGCUUGUGGCAAACGGGGCCGACCUGAAUGGGAGAUCCCUGACGGAUGAGACACCCCUUGAUGUCUGUGGUGAUGAGGAGGUGCGGGCCAGGCUGCUGCAGCUGAAGCAGAAGCAGGAGGCACUCUUGCGAGCCCAGGGCCGCCAGCGCUCCCUGCUGCGCCGCCGCGCCUCCAGUGCAGGCAGCCGCGGGAAAGUGGUGAGGCGAGUGAGCCUGACCCAGCGCACCGACCUGUACCGCCAGGAGCAUGCCCAGGAGGCCAUCGUGUGGCAGCAGCCACCACCCCCAAGUCCAGAGCCGCUGGAGGAGGAUGAGGAUCACCAGACAGACGCAGAGCUCUGGCUGCCACCCCCAGAGGAAGAUGACCCUGAGGUGGCCAGGUCCCACAAUGGCCGAGUAGGGGGCCCCCCAGGGCGGCACCUGUACUCCAAGCGGCUGGACCGGAGUGUGUCGUACCAGCUGAGCCCUGUGGAGAGUACCACCCCAGACACCCUUGUCCGGGACAAGGCCCACCACACCUUGGCCGAACUCAAACGCCAGCGGGCUGCUGCCAAGCUCCUGCGACCACAGCCUGAGGGGCCUGAGGCCCCUGAAUCUGGCUUGUCUGCUGACCCCGUGUCCUCCCAGCCGGACUGCGGCUUCAGGGCAGGCGGGGACCCACCCCUGCUCAAGCUCACAGCCCCAUCUGAGGAGGCCCCGAUGGAGAAGAGGCCAUGCUGCUUGCUCAUGUGAGGGGCUGUACCCAUUUCCAGGCCAGCCCGAGGCUUGCCCUGGAGGCCCACUCAGGGUGUGCCCUGGAACUGCAGGUGGGCAGACACCAGAGUCUUCCCCAGCUUCUACCCCUCAGGACAGUGGACUCUCUGUUGGGGAUGGACCUUAGGCAGAGCCGUAUCUGCAGGCAUCUGCUGCAGAGUGUUUGUCCUGUGACGCUUGAUAAAGGGGUGUUUGUCGUCAA